GUCGUAUAUUUUUUCAAAGCCCAACAUAGGCUGACUGAUUGGGUUAUGAACGAUUGAAAUUCUUUGCGCAUACUACACCAGCAAUUAUACUACCGACAAUGUCCGCCUCCUCAACUUCAUCCCCGCGUAUCCCUGCAUGGAAACGCCUGGGGCUCAAGCUCAAAUCUGAGGGCGAUGCACCUUCACCAGUCGCUGCAGCAGCGCCCACAGAAUACGUGGCUGCGGAACAGCCAAAGAGAAAGCGCGCAUCCGAUGAAGCCGAAUCUACACCUAUCAAAAAGUCCAAAAAGUCGCUCAAAAAGGCCGAGUCUACUAUAUCUUCAACCCCAACAGCCGUGCCCGAUGGUAUGCUAGGCCGGCGCAAGUCGGUUGCGUUCACGCCAGAGACGAAAACCGAGGACGGUGACAGCAUAAAACAGCUAUUCAACUCUUGGGUUGCUCAGCAGAAGGAAAUCGACCCUACCUUUGCCAGCAAGAACGACCAGCCAUCAUUUCAAACCCCCGAGCCAACCACCGUCCAAGAGAAGGUCGAUACCACAUUACCUGAGCCCGAGCGACGAGUGAAGCGAGUGAAGUCCACCAAACCAGAAGACAAGACAAAGGCAAAGAAGUCCAAGUCCAAGGUGGUGAAGUCGAAGCCCAUCGAUCCGGCACUCACCUACUUGACCCAGUUCCACAGUGACAAGUCAAACUGGAAGUUCAAUAAGAUCAAUCAGAUCGCAGUCCUGAAGAACGCCUUCGACACCGACCUGAUCCCCACCGAAUACAACGAGCCACUCUACGCAUACAUCGCCGGAUUGAAGGGCGUUGCGCGUGUGCAUCUGAGAGAUCGCGCACUGGAAAUCAGAGACAAAGACGUGGAGGAAGGCGGAAAAGGCUUCACCGAUAAGAUGACAGACGACCAACGGGCGAAGAAGCAGGAGGAAUAUGAGACAGCGAUGGAGGAGUACGUUGCGACCAUGACCUCCACGGCCAUUUCAUCGAGGACCGGCCUGGAAGAAGGCAUCCUACUCGGUCUCAACGACACGGCGAUGAAGGAGCGGAUGACAAAGAGGAUGAGAGCUGAGCACGUUCUGAAUUUACUGGCGAGCACACCUGGUGACCCAUCUGACUACGCGCCUGCGGUGGCCAACACGAAGCCAGUAGAGGAGACCAGGGCAGCACCAGUGAAGCUUGACGCGGAGAAACCACAAAAGACAGUGAGGAAGAGGAAGCAGAGAACGGCGGUGUACGAAAGCGACAGCUCGUCAUCUUCAGACUCAGACUCGGACUCAGACAGCAGCACGUCGGAGGAGGAGAGUGAUGGCGAAGGCCCAUCUAAGAAUGUCAAGAAAUCGGACUCGGAUUCUGACAGCUCAAGCAGCUCGUCUGGAUCAAGUUCUGAAGACUCCUCGGAUUCAGAUGGCUCGGAUGGCAGCAGCAGCAGCGAAAGCAGUGACAGCGAUGACGAUGAGAGUGACUGAGGAUGGGAUUUGCGCUUUUGAUACCCCAAGAACAGUGCAGGUUGGGUUUCUUAUACUGCAGGAAUGGCGUCUGGAUGCUGCUAUUGCGAGGUUAAGGGUCUGAUAGCUCGUAUAUACUGCGGGAAUGGCGUCUGGAUGAUGCGGUUGCAUGGUUCGGGGUCUGGCUAAAUGGUCCGUCUCCUCCCUUUCAGAUAUAUCCUCGACACAUGAUGAGAUGUAUAUUUGUCCAGGGAAUUAUAUUGGAUGUGGGACAUGGCAUAUGGAUAUCAUUAGACUCGGGAUAAAUGGAAAUGGAACCAUGAACCUCAAAUAUGUUUUUCGCUCUCUCCAACAAUGAAUGUAGCACUAUUUGAAAACACCAGGCAUUGCUUUUAUAAUAAUA